AGGCUUCGAGGCCUCGUACCACCCGCCAUAACGUUCGUAGCGUGCGGUGGCUAAUGUUCGGUUUGAAUAAACCAAUGUGUUAGUUAUUUAUUUUUGAUUUUGGUGAAAAAAAAAAAAAAUUUUUUUUAGUGAAUUGUGAGUAUAAAUAAUUUUGGAUGCUAGUUAUUAACUGUUUGAUGCUUGAUGUUUUAUAUAUGGAUUGAUAAAUGGAGAUGGAUGUAGCGCAGAAAUUAAAUUUCGAUGCCGACGAUUUUGAAGACGAGGAGCUGAAUAUCAGCUGUCGCACAAAUAGUUCCGGAUGCGAUGUUGAAGAUCACCUCGAUUCUUCUGCCGAAGAAUUUUCUCCGUCUCCACGUCAAAGAAAAUUAUCAUUUGAACAUUCCAUGGAUUGCAGUGACAGUGAAAGCAAUGCUACCGAUAAUAUUAUCGACUGUAAAACAACCCCGGCCGUAAUUGUGACAGGUCCUAUGGGAAUUAGGAACCCCUACAAAGAGAGUGUUCCUCAGUCAAGAGCUGUAUUGGCAUGUAGUCCUCCUUACAAAAGAGUGAGAGCUCUCAGGUUAUUUGAUUCCCCAGCAACACCAAAAACUUUGGUAGAAAAAAGCACAAUGCACACUCCGGUCCCGACAAAGUGUACUAGGCUAUUUCCGCCUGAUAAACCGAGGUCUAUGUCCUCUGGGUUCCUUUUAAAGCCGGAUAAGCCUACGGCCAAUGUUAAUCCAUUUACUCCCAAUGGCAUGUUAAUUACCGCUCGGAAACGAAGCCGGUCCAAGCGCAGCCUCAUUGGAUCGCCAGAUAUGAGGAUACCCAAAUUCGAUCUUACGGAUUCCGGAGAGUCAGACCAUGAAGGAGAGCACCCGACAAAGCGGCUGGCGCUUCAAGAAUCCAACAUCCCACGAUAUCAUCAGGAAUUCCUUGAAGAAGGACUAAUUGGCGCUGGUGAAUUCGGGUCAGUGUAUAAAUGCAUAAAUAGACUUGACGGCUGUGUGUACGCGAUUAAGAAGAGUUUGAAACCGGUGGCUGGUAGUGUUAGUGAGAAGACUGCUCUUAAUGAAGUAUACGCACAUGCUGUGCUCGGUAAACAUCAACAUGUUGUACGGUACUAUUCGGCUUGGGCAGAAAAUAAUCACAUGAUUAUACAAAAUGAAUAUUGUAAUGGGGGUAGUUUGGCUGACGUUAUUGUCAGGAAUAAAAUGGAAGGUAGAUCAUUUUCAGAGCCUGAGUUGCGUCAGUUACUACUUCAUGUUGCCGAGGGCUUACGAUACAUACACAGCAUGCAACUCGUACACAUGGACAUUAAACCCGGUAAUAUAUUUAUUACUAAGGAGAAACCGAUGCAUUCUGUUAAUUACGACUCUGCAGACGAUGGUUUCGAUGAAGAAGAGACUGUCGAGGAGGAAAUAACGUAUAAAAUUGGUGAUUUAGGACAUGUUACCUCUAUUAAUGACCCUCAAGUUGAAGAAGGAGACUGUAGAUAUUUACCCACGGAAAUAUUACAAGAAAAUUUUUCGCAUCUCACCAAAGCUGAUAUUUUUGCAUUAGGUUUAACUGUUUACGAAGCGGGAGGAGGCGGUGAAUUACCAAAAAACGGUCCCGUGUGGCAUGAAAUCAGAAAGGGAAAUUUGAAAGAACUACCUCAAUACGGCCGAGAUUUUAAUGAUUUAUUAAAGUCAAUGGUUCAUCCCAACCCAGAGUCCAGACCAUCGGCACUUUCCUUAAUCCAGCAUAGAGUGUUAUGCCCUGUUGGAAACAAAACCAAAGCUCAGCUACGUCGUGAAUUGAACGCCGAAAAAUUAAAGAAUCAAAUCUUGACACAACAACUCCAAGAAGCUGCUAAAUGUAUAAAAAAAAUAGCGCCGAACGUCGCAGUCUUUACCAACAACAACAACUUGAAUUCCGGUGGCUAUCAACUACGACAGACAGCGACAAGAGCGUCAACACGGGCUUUGGGAAAGAAAGUUAAUCGUAGCAGUAGUACAACUAAUUUUUAAAUUUUUAUCCCAUAAGCUUUAUUGUUAUUGUGAUUAAGUGAUAACAGUAAUAUUUUUGGUUCCUAGAGGUGCCUUUUUGUUGUGAUAUCUCAUUAAUUUUAGUUAGCAGGUAAAACGAAGGAAAAAUAAUUAUUCGUAACACGUAAAUACUAAUGGUAAUUUUUAAAUGAUACGAGUUUUGAGUUUACGCAGAGUAAAAUCUCGAAGAUUAUCAGUUAAUCAAAUUAUAAUGUAAAUUUUAAGUUUUUUUUCU